ACCUUUCUCCUAUUUUCUCUCUUCCCCACUGACAAUUACCCUUCCCACACGCAACCAUCACAACAAAUCCUUUUCUUCCUCCUCAAGCAACCUAAUGAAAACCAGUCACACUAUUUCUAACCCGACCGUUUUCACUCCACGGUCUUCUUCAAAAUGUCUAUAUCCACGACCGGAACAAACACUUUCAAACCAGUCCACACCCUCGUUUCCACACCGGUCACCAUAGUUUUGACCGGUGGUCUUCUCUUCAUCGUUUUGACCGGUUUCUUCUCCUUCUUCUUCUGUGGAUCUUUCUUCAACAAAAUCUUAACCAUUUUCAACACCCACCGUAACCGAAACCGUCCAAGUAACCUAAAUCAACCAUCUAUCCCACCCGAAAACGCCGGUCUCGAUUCCAAGAUCAUUCAAUCUUUCCCUGAGUUUCCUUAUUCGGUUAAAGAUCGUGGCACGGAUCAAUGCUCCAUUUGCUUAACCGAUUUCAUGGACAAUGACACAAUGAGACUCAUUUCUACAUGUAACCACUUCUUUCACUCGAUUUGCAUUGAUCUUUGGUUUGAAUCACACAAGACAUGCCCUGUAUGUCGACGUGAGCUUGAUGCAGACCAGACCUCGCAAGAAAAACCGCAUGCUGUUCUUGAAACCGAUCUUGUUAGAUCUGAAAGCCAUGAAGAGCCUUUGUCUCGUGACACGUUGACGAUCAUUGUUCACGAGGAGCAUCCUAGUGCUACUACUAUUGGUAGUUUAGAGCAUACAGACGAAAUUGAAAGCUAUGAAAGACGAAUGAGAGAAUCAACGCGGUUUUGGAGGUCACAUUCUACUGGACACUCUAUUGUUGUUAAAAGCGAAAACGAACAAGAAGAAGAUGAAGAGAAAGAUGAGAUUAAGAUACGUAUUGAGAUUUCUGGAGAAUGUCAAUUUGAAGAUCACAAGAGGACUUUACCAAACAAAAAGCUGUAUUGUGUUAGAGGAACUUACUCAGUAGGAUAG